AUGUCCAUCAUGCGCGCCUUUUGCCUUCUUUACGCAGCACUUUUCGCCAUUGCGAGCGGUUUCAGCCAUGAAGAUAUGAAAGACGCAAUGCUGAAGAAACUCGGACUUAGUGAGGUUCCGAAAAUUCACAAGAGGGAUUUGGAGAACCUUGUGAUACCAACGCACAUAAAGAACAAGUAUACUUCCAUGCUUAAACUGCACCACGCAAGGAAACGCCGCUCUCUUCCGAGUCUGGCAGGCAUCCUGAGGGGAAUCCCUGGUAAUGCAGAUAUCUCUGGUGAGUUUGUAUACUCUGACACGACACGUCAACGUGUGGUCUUCGAGAUGAAAUCCAGGAUUCCUGAGAACAGCGAAGUGACCAUGGCAGAGCUGAAACUCUUUAAGAAAGCCCCACAUAAACGCUCCAUGCCGGAAAGAAAGGGCCACAGACCCGUCAACAACGCCCGUGUGAGCAUCUACUGGGUUGAACUCAUGGAAGACGGGUCGAACAGAACUUCACUAGUUGACUCCAGGUUGAUUCCUAUUCACGAAACGGGUUGGAAGAGCUUUGAUGUCACCCAGGCGGUGCAAUAUUGGUCAAAGAGUAGAAUGGAGAUGCCCAUGCACCUUGAGGUGUGGAUCGAGGGCGAGAGACCCGGCAGUUACGCGGCAGAAAUGGCCAAGCGCGUUCACUUCACAACUCAAGAUCCAAAUGACAACACUUUGGGAAAUCCUGAGCUUGUUCUUUACACCCUCAACCUUGAAGAGUUUGGGUCUAGUGGAGACUGUGAAAACAACAAAGACAGCGAAAUGUGCUGCAGGGAAAAAUACUUUAUCAAUUUUCGAGCCCUCACUUGGACCCAGUACUGGAUAAUUGAACCAUCCGGGUAUCAGGCGUUCAGGUGCAUGGGCGGCUGUCGGCAGCCCAAGCGUAACUAUGGUUACGGAGAACGGAAGUGCGCUGUUGUUGAGAGCGCGCCGCUACCUAUGAUGUAUUUAGUGAAAAAGGGAGACUAUACUGAAAUCGAGGUCGCCGAAUUCCCAAAUAUGAUUGUUGAAAAGUGUGGAUGCGCAAUGGAUAAUAUUUCAGUUGUAUGAAUGUGCCAUUUUGUCAUCGCUUUCUUGACGCACUCUACCUUAAGUUAAAAGUGAUCGAGGGUGCUGGCAACUUAACCCUUAUACACCUUAAGCACUUUGUAUAAAUUUGUAAAUAUUGCUUAGCUGAUAUGCAUUUAUUUUUGCAUUUGUAUAUGACGACACACAUAGUGUUCAGAUUAAUCUGUAGAUGUUAUAUUUUGUUCAGUAAAUAGAAUGGCUUUGUUGUAUAUUUCACAUAUGUGACUGAAUAUAAAUUAAACUAUUUUUCAUUGACGACUGACUUUUCUCUUGGUCAACCGUGGACGUUUGCAUAUUCCA